AUGUGGUCCCCGGUGAUUUUUCCCACGCUCUACUGGCCAGUACGACUCUUGUUGACCAGCACUGAGUGCUUGUUUGGCAAAAUGUUUUCCUCUUUGAUCAAGCUCCUACCUCUGAUGGUGGGCAUCAAUGCCCAACUGCUAGAUAUCCCCGCCGUGGAUGAGCUAGUCAGUUCUGCCAUGCUUCCUUUCGAGCAGUACGCCUACAAUACUCCGGCUGAAAGCACCAUACCCGCGGUUGCUGUCUCCACGACCGCUGCAAAGGUCCAGGCUGCAGCUGUUGAAGCUGCUGCCGCAGACAAUGCGUAUUGGCUGGCGGAUAUAGCCCAUCAAGGGGUUGCCGCCUUUAAUUCCAACCCUGCGGGAUAUAAGGUUUUUCGCAAUGUGAAGGACUAUGGCGCCAAAGGCGAUGGUGUGACCGACGAUACCGCAGCCAUCAACGCAGCCAUCAGCGCAGGAGGGCGCUUCGGACCAGCAAGCAGACAGUCUUCCACCACGACACCCGCAAUCGUCUACUUCCCAUCUGGAACAUAUAUAAUCUCCACAUCAAUCAUUGAUUAUUAUUUCACCCAGCUUAUCGGUAACGCAAAUGCCAUACCGGUUUUGAAAGCGACUGCAGGUUUCGUCGGCUUGGGCCUGAUUGAUGGUGACCAAUACCAAAACGAUGGAAACCAGGGCUGGACAUCGACAAACGUAUUUUUCAGACAGAUCCGCAAUUUGAAACUGGACUUGACUGCUAUCCCUGCCGGUACUGCUGCUACUGGUAUUCAUUGGCCGACUGGCCAAGCCUCAAGCAUUCAGAAUGUCCAGAUUGCCAUGAGUGCUGCUUCUGGAACUCAACACCAGGGAAUCUUUAUCGAGAACGGUAUGUUACAUUGUGUAUCCCUGCUCGAGCAUUCUAAUGUAGUGAUAGGGUCUGGUGGUUGGAUGAGCGAUGUCACCAUUACCGGUGGGCUGUACGGAGCCAAUGUUGGCAACCAGCAAUUCACAAUGCGCAACUUGGUCAUCUCCAACGCAGUAACGGCAAUUUCUCAGAUCUGGGAUUGGGGCUGGACAUACCAAGGAUUGGUUAUUACAAACUGCCAGACCGCCCUCUCGAUCAGCAAUGGUGGCGUUGGCAACCAACUAGUCGGCUCGGUGAAUGUUCUUGACAGCACCAUUCAAAAUUGUCCUACUUUUGUGGCAACUGCCUGGCAGAGCUCGACAUACUCCACUGGGAGUGUGAUCUUGGAAAACAUCGCUCUGAACAAUGUGCCAGUUGCAGUAAAGGGGGCAAGCGGCACCGUUCUCGCCGGAUCAGCAGGUUCGUCUACCAUCUCUGCAUGGGGACAGGGGCAUAAAUAUACCCCGAACGGCCCUGCAAAUUUCCAAGGCUCAUUCACUCCACCCACACGGCCAAGUGCCUUACUUGCUAGUGGUUCGACACGAUACUACACCAAAAGCAAACCUCAGUACGCAGCGUCACCCGUAGCCUCGUUUGUUAGUAUCAGAAGCGCUGGCGCCAGAGGAGAUGGCUCUACUGAUGAUACGAACACCAUUCAAUCCGCCUUGACAUCUGCCGCGGCUGCUAACAAGAUUCUCUUCUUCGACCAAGGAACGUACAAAAUCACCCGAACUCUCUAUGUUCUCCCGGGUUCUCGGAUCGUCGGUGAAGCUUACUCUGUCAUUAUGGCUACUGGCGGGACAUGGUCGAAUAUAAACAAUCCAGUCCCUGUGAUUCAGAUUGGCCAGCCCGGUCAAUCUGGGUCGAUUGAAUGGUCCGACAUGAUAGUCAGUACUUCAGGCUCCACACCUGGGGCUGUCCUUAUACAAUGGAACCUGGCAGCAACUGUGGGAUCGGGGAUGUGGGAUGUUCACACCCGUAUCGGAGGUUUCCAAGGAUCCCAGCAGCAGGUUGCACAAUGCCCAACGGGAGCGGCUGUCUCUGCAGCCUGCCAGGUAGCUUACAUGUCCAUGCACAUCACUAGUGCGGCCAGCAACGUUUAUUUGGAGAACGUUUGGCUCUGGACGGCCGACCAUGACCUCGAAAGCCCGACAGAUGCUCGAAUCUCUGUGUACUCCGGUCGUGGUCUUCUGGUGGAAGGAAAAAAUGUCUGGCUUUAUGGCACGGGAUCAGAGCAUCAUUCGCUAUACCAAUACCAAUUCUCAAGUGCAAGCUCGAUUAUGGCUGGGUUUGUGCAAUCGGAAACUCCAUACUACCAACCCAAUCCGAACGCAGCGAACGGCCCAUAUCUCAGGAAUUCUACACUCAAGGAUCCAGACUACAGUAGCUGCCUCGGCGGAAACUGUAAUUCACUUGGUCUCCGUGUUCUCAAUUCCAAGAAUGUGAUUAUUUACGGCGCCGGCCUAUACAGCUUCUUCAACAACUACAGCACCACGUGCUCCACGUUCCCCCUACCCGAGAACUGCCAGAGUAUGAUCUUCAGCGUGGAGGGCUCUACGAGCGGGUUGGUCGUCUACGGGCUAAACACUGUGGGAACAACAUAUAUGAUUGUCAAGGAUGGCGUUGCGCUCGCUCAAGUCAGCGACAAUCUGGCGACAUAUGCUGCUACCAUUGCAUAUUUUACCCUCUAG